GUGGUGUUGGAGUCCCUCCCUCUGCUCUCAGAUGACUGCAGCAGCAGACAGCAGCGCUCUCUCUCUCUCUCUCUCUCUGACCGACAGCAGCAGAAGCAUGGCGGCGGUGGAGACACGGGAGUGCGAGACGGAAGGCUGUCGCAGCGAAGCUAAGCUCCAGUGUCCCACCUGCAUCAAACUCGGAAUUCAAGGCUCAUACUUUUGCUCUCAGGAAUGUUUCAAAGGCAGCUGGGCCACCCACAAACAGCUCCACAAAAAAGCAAAGGAGGACAAAAUAAAUGAUGAGGGAAAGAACUGUGUGGAGAAAGAAAUCAACACAGACCCGUGGCCCGGGUACAGAUACACUGGUAAACUGCGACCCCACUAUCCACUGACUCCCAUGCGGCUUGUUCCUAGCAGCAUCCAGAGACCAGACUAUGCAGAUCAUCCUUUGGCUGCAGAGGUUGGGUUGUUGGCAGGAAUGUCAGAGUCAGAGCAGACCAUGAAAGGGACGUCUCAGAUUAAGAUCCUCAAUGCUGAAGAGAUUGAGGGCAUGAGAGUUGUCUGCAAGCUGGCUCGAGAAGUCCUUGACAUUGCUGCCAUGAUGGUGAAACCUGGAGUGACGACGGAGGAGAUCGACCAUGCGGUGCAUUUGGCAUGCACAGCGAGGAACUGCUACCCCUCACCUCUGAACUACUACAACUUUCCCAAGUCCUGCUGCACCUCUGUCAAUGAAAUCAUCUGUCAUGGGAUCCCUGACCGCCGUCCCCUCCAGGAGGAGGACAUACUGAAUAUCGACAUAACAGUUUACCACAAUGGUUACCAUGGAGAUUUGAAUGAAACCUUUUUUGUGGGUGAAGUGGAUGAGGGAGCCAAGAGAUUGGUUCAGACCACUUAUGAAUGUCUUAUGCAAGCCAUCGAUUCCGUGAAGCCUGGUAUCCGUUAUCGUGAGCUGGGAAACAUCAUCCAGAAACACGCACAGGCUAACGGUUUCUCUGUGGUACGGAGCUACUGUGGCCACGGCAUUCACAAACUGUUCCACACGGCACCAAACGUACCGCACUAUGCCAAGAAUAAAGCAGUAGGAGUGAUGAAACCUGGUCAUGUAUUUACUAUUGAGCCCAUGAUCUGCGAAGGUGGCUGGCAGGAUGAGACGUGGCCAGAUGGUUGGACUGCAGUCACUCGUGACGGUAAACGCUCAGCCCAGUUUGAGCACACGCUCCUCGUGACAGAGACAGGCUGUGAAAUCCUCACGCGCCGCCUCGAGGAUAAUGGCCGUGCUCACUUCCUGUCCCAAAUGUAGAAUGGUGGGGUCAUAUCAGCCCUAUUCUGCAGUGGAGGAUACAACAGCUCCGCCCCAUAUCACCAAUCAGCCAAUCACACAGUGGGUCUCUGUUGGGCAGGAGAUGAUUGGCCACAUGGCCGUGACAGUGGAUUUGGGCAGGAGAUGGAGAUUUGUUAACUUCUGAAUGUGUCACCUGACAGUCACAUUAAUCAGCUUGGAUCUGAGUAAAUUCAAAGGCACUGGCCUUUAACCUGGUUACAGUGCCGCCACACUCUGUCUUCAGGGCAGAGGUAUCUGUGUGAGUGGUUUUGCGUGUGUGCACUUGUGUGUUUGAGAGAGCGUGUCAGCUGUGUGAGGUCCGCUGUCUCGGUCUGCUUCAGUGUUUGUAUGCCUGGCUCAUUGCAAUGUACCAUGUUUGUUUUGUUGGGGUUCGAGGUGCAACGAGUGUAUGUGAUAAAACACUGGAGUCUCUCCAAAUCUUAUCAAAUCAUGAUUGAUAUAUAAAAACUCUUUACAGCUGAAA